UUGUAUUUAUUUUUUGCCAACAAAUCUCAACUCUGAGUGAUGCAGCAGCUGAACGUCAGUGACUUAGUGGAUGCGGAGGAUGUGCCCAGAGACCAGAGUCUGGCCCGGGUGGAGAUCGCGCUGCUCGGCGUCAUCUUCGUGACAGCCGCCGUGCUCAACACCGCCCUGCUGCGAGUCCUCUGGAGGCAGCGGAAACAAAUGUCCAGGAUGCGCGUCUUCGUGUUCCACCUGUGCGUGGCGGACCUGGUGGUGGCUUUUUUCCAAGUGUGCCCACAGCUCAUGUGGGACAUCACGGACAGAUUCGUCGGACCCGACUUGGUGUGCCGCCUCGUGAAGUAUCUGCAGGUUCUGGGCAUGUUCUCGUCCACCUACAUGAUCGUGGUGAUGACGGUGGACAGGUACCAGGCGGUCUGCAAACCGAUGGUGACGUUCCAGCGGACGCGUACGAGACUGAACCUCCCUGUGUGCGUGGCGUGGGGAGUCUCCCUGCUGGGCAGCCUGCCGCAGGCUUUCAUUUUCUCUAAGGUGGAGGUCGCACCCGGCGUGUUUGACUGCUGGGCUGACUUCAUAAAGCCGUGGGGGCUGCAGGCUUACGUCACCUGGACCACGCUGGUCAUCUUCAUCCUGCCUGUCUCCACAGUGGUUGUUUGCCAAGUGCGCAUCUGCAGGGCCAUCCAGACCAACCUGUACAAAAAGAUGCACAAGCAGGGCAGCAUUGGAGUCCUGCUGCCUCCCAGAGCCAGCGAAGUGGGCAUGUCCAAGGCCAGGGUAAAGACCCUGAAGAUGACCGUGGUCAUUGUGCUGGCUUAUAUCAUCUGCUGGGCUCCGUUCUUCACGGUGCAGCUGUGGUCCGCCUGGGACACCUACGCGCCAAAAGAGACUGCAACUUUCACCAUCUUGAUGUUGCUGGCCAGCCUGAACAGUUGCGCCAAUCCCUGCAUUUAUCUUCUGUUCAGCGGUCAGUUUCCAAACAAGCUGCUGACUCUCUUGUGCCGCCGCCGGCUUUCCAACAGCAAGGACUCAAUGCAGAACGAGGCGACGCUCGUCAGCACUUUGAAUAUGAGCUUCAAAAAUGUCUCAGAGUUAAAGUGA